AUGGGAAACAAUUCGUAGAAGCAAUAGACAAUAGAAGAACCAAAAACUAAAGAGUCUACAAUUUAAAAGUCUCAAAGCUAGAAUCUUCUUGAUAUAAAUAAUGAUAAUCUAAUUAAAAAAGAUGACCCAGAAUUAGACCCUUUGGAACAAUAGGUGUAGACUGUUUUCGAUGAAUUAAUGUAAUCCAUAAAUGAAUUGGAUAAAGAUAUCGAAGAAAUGGUAAAAGAAUUAAGGGAAUAAUAGUAAUGAUAAUCAAAUAUAUAUAUAUAAAUUAAAUAGGACUGAGAUAACUAUUUA